CUACUUACAAGUUACAACUCUACUUAAAAGCUCCUUAUCUAUGGAAGAGCAAGACGAAAAAGAGCUGCAAUUACUCCCCACUUCUCUCACCAUUGCUUCACCAUCCCCUACGUUAUCUCAUUCUUCAUCGCUAACAUACCGGUCGACGACGAUGAUGAGCGAUCAAUUCGUAGGGCCGUCAUCAUCACUUGACUUGCAGCUAUCAAUCAGUCUGAAGCCAGUCCAUCAACAUCCAUCAAACCGUAACGAUUUCGAUCGCGUUGAGUCAUUGAAACAACGGACGGCGGAGCAAAUCCGGUUGGCGGCCAUCGAGAAGGCUUACGCGGAGCGAGUUCGGGAGCUCACAAAGAGGGAAAUGGAGAUGGCUCGGUCCGAUUUCGCGAGAGCUAAACAUGUUUGGAAAAGAGCAAGGGAAGAUGUUGAAAAAGCUGAGAAAAUGAAGGAAAGAGCAACGUUGCAGAUAGAUUCUACGUGCAUGGAGAUCACUUGCCAAUCUUGUAGGCAAAGGUUCAAGCCUUAAUCAUAUGUUACUUUUGAAUGUGUAUGUACGUUGAAUGUAUCCGAGUUUUAUUUCGUACUCAAAUCUAUUUUUUAACUCAUUUGGAUGAUUUUGUUUAGGGAUGAGAAAAAUUUUCCCAGGAAAUAAUGAUUCGGUAUUAUUAA